GCAGAAAGAAGUGAGGGUCCCUCAGCCUGUAACAACUAGGCCAACUGCUUUCAUACCAGAGAAAGAGGAGAUGGCACAUGAAGAAAAUCUAUUUUGCUGAAUUUGCCUUUGCCAAAGAUCAUCCAAAAUAAUCCUGUAGAUGGGAAUACCAAUUUACUAAUCCUGGAAGAAUAUUCCACCAUAUGGCACCAAGACAAUACCACACGAAUUAUGGGUUUGCACCCUCAAUACUUAGAAUCUUUUCUUCGGACCCAGUACUACAUACUACGCAUGGAUGGACCACUCCCCUUUGAAUACAGGCAUUACUUGGCAAUAAUGGCUGCUACCAGGCACCAGUGUUCCCAUUUGGUAAACACUCAUGUAAAUGAGUUCUUGCAGGUUGGUGGAGAAGUGGAGUGGCUAAAUGGCUUGGAGUAUGUCCCACAGAAACUGAAAAAUAUCAAUGAAGUCAACAAAAUCCUUGCACACAGACCUUGGCUGAUCACAAAGGAGCACAUCAAGAAAUUGCUUAAAACUGGGGAGAACAGUUGGUCUCUUGCUGAGUUGGUCCAUGCUAUGGUCUUGUUAGCUCAUUAUCACGCAUUGGCCAGCUUUGUUUUUGGAAGUGGCAUCAAUCCAGAGAUUGACCAAGAUGGAGCACCAGCUGUCAGCAACUUCUGUCUGUGCAAUGCCAGCAAUGAGAGCAACAUGGAAGAAGUCACAUUGAUGUACAACAGUCCUGGAGUUAGUACUUCAGAUUCUGUCAGUGAAUUGGAGGUUCUAAUGGAGAGAAUGAAGAAACUUCAGGAGGAAAAUGAGGAAGAAGCAUCACAAGAAGAGAUGGCAACACGUUUUGAAAAAGAGAAAAAGGAGAGCCUUUUGGUAAUUACUGGAGCCUAUGAAGAUGAGUUGAUUCCAACCUCUUACAUGUCACGAUAUGUAGAUGACCCAAGCUUUGGGUAUAAAGAUUUUGCCAGACGAGGAGAUGAUCAUUUACCUACAUUCAGAGCACAGGACUAUUGCUGGGAGGAUCAUGGUUUUUCUCUUGUUAAUCGACUUUAUUCUGAUAUUGGUCAACUGCUCGAUGAAAAGUUUCAUAUGGUCCGUAACCUAACCUACAACACCAUGGCUACACAUGAAGAUGUAGACACAACCAUGUUAAGAAGAGCUAUAUGGAACUAUGUUCAUUGCAUGUUUGGCAUAAGGUAUGAUGAUUAUGAUUAUGGUGAAGUCAAUCAGUUAUUAGAGCGAAGCCUGAAGGUUUAUAUUAAGACAGUGACCUGCUACCCUGAAAAAACCACAAAAUGCAUGUAUGAUAGCUAUUGGCACCAAUUCAAACAUUCUGAAAAGAUCCAUGUUAAUUUGCUAUUGAUGGAAGCACGUAUGCAAGCAGAACUUCUGUAUGCCCUGCGUGCUAUAACUCAGUACAUGACCUGAAGUUCAGGGAAGAUAUUUUCUCCAGGAAUUUUGCUUGCUGACUUAUGAAGAUGUGAAAGAAUGCUGAUUCUGAAUUGUGUCAGGAUUGUGAUGAUGAACAUGUUCUAGAAGCUUGUCCUGAAUUUUUGCUAUUAUGUGCAGUUAAUACUGUAGAAUGAUGAAAAUGUUCCUAGGACUAACACUGAAAACUAA